CCUGCUAGAUACGAAAUACAUCAAGGGAGGGUAUGUACUUCAAAGACAGCAAACAUUUAACGCAUUAAUCUGAGAGGAUAACAAAACAUUUACAGAUCUGGACAGUCAAGCCCCUCCUCUUUCUGCCCUGGCUAACCAGCGAAAAGCAAAAUAUCCGAACGGUUCAGCAUAAGAUCAGGACUUGUUUCAGUAGAAGAUCAGGACAUGGUUAUGUCUCCCACUAGGACAGCAAUAACUAACUACAUGGAGAGCUUUGGAGCACAGUUCCAGGAAUAACAACGAAUGUUUUGUAUGUUGAACAGCGAUAGGAGUUUGCUUCAGGAUGAUUUUUCUGGAAGAUGAACUUUAAAUUUCUGUGAGUAGACAUCCUACUUAAUUAAUGCAUUCGCUGUAUGAGUCACCGUUAAAUAUAUAUUUUUUUAUAUACAUUUUUGUGUAAAUUGAACUAGCCACAAUGAGAGUUCUUAGUGGUGGACAGCUGUUUGUGAAACUGAUAGUUUUAAAGAAGAAACCUUUUUGUUAAACUUAAUCUGAUUAUACGGUUAAAGAUAUGUUUGAGCCUGUAGGGUUCACGGAGGCUUGGAGGGCCCAGUUUCCGGAGUCCGAGCCCCCAUGCAUGGACCUGAACUCCCAGGGGGACAUUGAACAGGAACUGGACAAAUGCAAGUCAUCUAUCAGGCACCUGGAGAAAGAGGUGAACAAAGAGCGCUUCCGGAUGAUCUACCUCCAGACCAUCCUCGCCAAGGAGAGGAAGUCGUACGACGGCCAGCGCUGGGGCUUCAGGAAGGCGCCUCAGGCAAACGCGGGAGACCCACCCAUGUGUCCAGAGAGUUCCCAGGCGUUAGGGGAAGAGAUGGCUAGAUCUACACAGCUUCCCGAAGACGAGGCGGACUGUGUUCCCCCGUCAAACACACAGAGGUGUGACACAGACUGCGUGUCCCCCCCGCCCCAGGAAACGCCGGACAUCCCGGUGGGCGUGGGCACCGUGGCGGCCCUGAGGUGUAACUUUGAGCGCAUCAAGAGAGCCGACUCUCAGUGUGCAGACAGAGCCUUCUACGUGAACAUGGAGUACCACCAGCAGAAAGGGCUGGUCAGGGUGAACGACCGCGACGUCUCCGACCGGAUCAGCGCCCUGGGCUGCCAGGCCAUGCAGAUGGAGCGCAAGAGGUCCCUCCCCUCCUUCCCGGGCCGCCUCUCGGCCGCCGCAGCGGACACGGGCCGGUCUGUCCUCCGGGGCCGCUCCGUGGAGGACGGCUGUGGCUUCGGUUCCUAUGACGACCUCACCGCCCGUUCCGGCGGAGGAGGGACACCCGAGUGUGUCCAGCCCUACACCAGUGUGUACGUCGGGGGGCUGAUGGCGGACAGGGUGGCCCGGGUCGUCCACGUUCGGGACCUGCGCGGCGGCGGCGACGGCGAGGAGGACGACCGCCGCCUCACCUGGCCUCGGCGCUCCUACUCGCCGGGCAGCUGUGAGGACGUGGCGGGCGGCUACACGCCCGACGGCAGCUCCAACGAGAACCUGACGUCCAGCGAGGAGGACUUCUCCUCGGGCCAGUCCAGCCACGUGUCACCGAGCCCCACCUCGUGCCCCGUGUCCCGGGGGGAGAGCCGCUCGCCCUCCCAGCGGUCCCUGGAGAGCGGCAGUCCCCCCACGCCGCUGGCCCUGAAGCGUCUGCAGCAGCAGGCGCUGGCCUCCCAGGCCCUCGCCGCUCACGGCCGCAGACCCCCCAGGACCGGGGACACCCCGCCGUCCAGCAGGACCUCCCAUGACAGCAGCCUCCAAGGCGAUCAAGACCCCGGGUCCAGGGAGGUCUCUCCAUCCCUCUGCGUUGAUCUGGACCGACCCCCGGAGGAGGCUGGGCGGGGCCGGGAGGAGGCCUGCAUCCCUGCCGCCUCCUCCUCGUCCCCUCGCCGGCUGCGCUCCAGGAGCCAGGACACACAGUCCUCCGGAUCCCUGGAGUCGGCUCUGUCGGUGGAGCUCGACCAGGAGAAGGGUUUGGAGAUGAGGAAGUGGGUUCUGUCGGGGAUCCUGGCCAGCGAAGAGGCCUACCUGGGCCACCUGGAGGCCCUCCUGAUACCCAUGAAGCCCCUGAGGGCCGCUGCCACCACCUCCCAGCCCAUGCUGAGCACCCAGCAGAUAGAGACCAUCUUCUUCAAGGUCCCCGAGCUCCACCAGAUCCACAAGGACUUCUACGAUGCCCUGCUGCCCCGGGUCCAGGACUGGAGCUCCCAGCGGUGUGUUGGCGACCUCUUCCAGAGGCUGGCCAACCAGCUGGGCGUGUACCGGGCCUUCGUGGAUAACUACAAGGUCGCCGUGGAGACGGCCGACAAGUGCUGCCAGGCCAACGUCCAAUUCGCCGAGAUCUCUGAGAACCUCAAGGUGAAGAGCAACAAGGAGUCGCCUAAAAACUCCCUGGAGGCUCUCCUGUACAAACCUGUGGACCGGGUGACGCGCAGCACACUGGUUCUGCACGAUCUGCUGAAGCACACGCCGGCCUGCCACCCCGACCACGCCCUGCUGCAGGACGCCCUGCGCAUCUCGCACAACUUCCUGUCCAGCAUCAACGAGGAGAUCACGCCGCGCCGCCAGUCCAUGACCGUGAAAAAGGGGGAGAACCGGCAGCUCCUCAGGGACCGCUUCAUGGUGGAGCUGGUGGAGGGAUCCAGAAAGCUCCGGCACGUUUUCCUCUUCACCGACCUGUUGCUCUGCACCAAGCUGAAGAAACAGCCUGCAGGGAAGGCGCAGCAGUAUGAGUGCAAGUGGUACAUCCCCCUGGCAGACCUCGCCUUCCACACCAUCGAUGACGCAGAGUCCACGACCAUCCCUCUGGUCCAGGAUGAGGAGAUAGACGCCAUGAAGUUCAGGAUCUCCCAGAUCAAGAACGACAUCCAGAGGGAGAAGAGGAGUGCAAAGGGGCUGAAGCUGCUGGAGCGUCUGAGGAAGAAGCUCGCUGAGCAGGAGUCUCUGCUGCUGCUCACCUCCCCCAACAUGGCCUUCAGGGUGGCCAACCGCAACGGCAAGGGCUUCACUUUCCUGAUCUCCUCUGACUACGAGCGAGCUGAGUGGCGAGAGCUGGUUCACCAGCAGCAGAAAAAGUGUCACAAAAGCUUCUCCCUGACCUCUCUAGAGCUGCAGAUGCUCACCAACUCAUGUGUGAAGCUCCAGAUGGUCCACUCCGUCCCUGUGAUCAUGAGUAAAGAAGACGAAGAGUCUUCCGGUCUGUACGGCUUCCUGAAUGUCAUCGUCCACUCCGCGUCCGGAUUCAAACACACCUCCAAUCUGUACUGCACCCUGGAGGUGGACGCCUUCGGCUACUUUGUGAACAAAGCCAAGACGCGCGUGUACCGGGACUCCACGGAGCCCUGCUGGAACGAGGAGUUUGAGAUCGAGCUGGAGGGCUCCCAGACCCUCCGGCUGCUCUGCUAUGAGAAGUGCUGCGGCAGGACCAGGCAGUCGCGGGACGAGGGGGAGAACACAGAGCGCAUCGUGGCCAAAGGGCAGAUCACGCUGGAUCCUCAGACACUGCAGAACAAGGACUGGCAGAGGACGGUCAUCACUAUGAAUGGGGUGGAGGUGAAGCUGUCCAUGAAGUUCACCAGCAGGGAGUUCAGUCUGAAGAGGAUGCCGUCGCGGAAGCAGUCCGGCGUGUUCGGGGUCAAAAUUAACGUUGUCACAAAGCGGGAGCGCUCCAAGGUGCCCCUCAUCGUGAGGCAGUGUGUGGAGGAGAUCGAGAUGAGAGGCAUGGAGGAGGUGGGGAUCUACAGGGUCUCGGGCGUGGCCACGGACAUCCAAGGCCUCAAGGCGGCGUUCGACUCCAACAAUAAGGACGUGUCUGUGGUGAUGAGGGAGAUGGACGUGAACGCCAUCGCUGGAACUCUGAAGCUCUACUUCCGCGAGCUGCCAGAACCACUCUUCACCGACGACCUGUACCCCAGCUUCUCCGGAGGCCUCGCACUCUCCGACGGCGUGGCCAAAGAGAGCUGCAUGCUCCACCUGCUGCUCUCCCUCCCUGAGGCCAACCUCGUCACCUUCCUCUUCCUGCUGGACCACCUGAAGAGGGUGGCUGAGAACGAGGGCGUCAAUAAGAUGUCCUCCUACAACCUGGCCACGGUCUUCGGCCCCACACUGCUCCGGCCCUCCGAGAAGGACAGCAGAGCGGGCUCCUCUCAGCCGCUCUCCAUGAACGACAGCUGGUCCCUGGAGGUCAUGUCUCAGGUACAACUUCUGCUGUAUUUCCUUCAACUUGAGAACAUUCCGGCACCAGACAGCAAACGACAAAGCCUUCUCUUCUCAUCUGAAAUAUAGCGGGAAUGUGGACCUUUCUAUGAAAUGGUAUCAACUGUUCAAAAGCUGGAAGAAGUGAAUUAUUCUAAGCGUUCACUGCUGCUGGAAAACACAUCAAUUAGAUCUUAGCCACCAGGGGGCAGCAAUAGCGCAUUUUAAACUGGACACAAGGCACUGUGAAAAAAAGCCAUGAGAAGCAAAUUAGCAUAUGCUGUGUACUCUAAUGCUGUUUCAAAGAGAACCCUUUAUAAUCUUAAUACUCAGAACACAUUAUUCCAUGUCUUAUUUAGAAUUUACACUUUGUGUUUUACCAUUACUGCAUUUAAUGAUUCGUCCUGUCCUUUCCUGAAUAUUAGCAACAUGUGUUCAGUGAAAUAAUGGGAGGUUUGUAGGCUUUUAGGUUGGAAUUAGAGUGGAUAUAAUUAUCUGUUCAUUUGCUCCGAGAAAUAUUUAAGCUGGAAUAAAAGUUGCCUGUGCGCUUGUUUCCUGCUGAUAAUCAAUAGGAGCGUUUGAUUUCCGCUGAUGUUUCCAAGGUUGUAAAGAGGUUAGUUAGCACACAACAUGCAGGCAUGUUGAUGUAAAAUGUGUUUUUAGUUGUUAUACUAUGUGUAUGAAACUUAGUCUGUUCACAGGCUCCUCUGGUAUAUAUUGAUUAAGAAAGAAACGGUCGAAUCAGUCCUGUAACAAUAUUGUAAGACAUAGACAUUGUGAGUUGUUAGCUUCCUCAUUCCAAUCAGAUGGCUGUUCAUUUAAUUAAUUUCCCCUUUUUCAUAUUCCAAUUCUUCCCUCUCGUGUUUUUUUUUUCUUUAUGGGUCAGAACCACAGGAAUAGUACACCUGGGAAUAGUUCAUAUUGAAUAGGCCAAAAUAUUCACUGGUAAGACCCUAUCUGACUAAAUCUAAAAAGCAACAACACCGCAUAAAUGUGAUUGAUUAAUGUCAAUAAAACGUUGAUUUAUAAAUGUUGA